AUGGACGACGAUGCACUGGUACGCGUCAAAACGCUCGACGGGCAAAGCAUUCUCGUCGCUCUAGCUGCUGCGAAGAAGAUCCAGGAGCUCAGGGAUCUUCUCGUCGCGAGGAAGUGGCCAAUGCUAGACGAUGGAGCCGCAGCGCAGCGAUUCCAUUUGAUCCACAAGGGAGUGAAUCUCAGCCCUAGCACGCCGAUCUCAUCGCUGUUGCUGCAAGACGAAGAUUUCAUCGCCUGUGUGCCUCACGCCCGAACGAAAAUUUCGUCCGAUGCUCCAGCGGAGAAUGUAAGUUCCAGCGCCAGUGUUGCGGUUCCUCCCGACUCGAGCAAACGAAGGAAACAGUAUACGAAUCCAGGAGAGAGUUCUUCCGAGUAUCCUCCAUCACUCCAAAGGAUGGAGAGAGUUUUCAACGCUCUAAAUUCUGUGUGUGGAUUUCUGGAGAAGAACCGGAUCGAACUUACGUGGGCAUCUGUCAAGAGUGCUUUGCAGCAUUCAUGCACAAACAUUGACGAAGUUGUGACUCUUGCGGACAUCAAAGAUCUUGCUUUUAUUUGUCCUAAGGUGAUAGUGGUGAAAUGUAUGACAGGAGACGAAUCUCAGGACGUCUCUAUUACCAUGGAAAUUUUUCCAAAGUCCUGUCAUGGUAAACGAAAUAUGUCGGACAGUGCUUUGACGCAGCUGACUCAGAGAAGAAAAGCAGCCUUCGAUUACGCUGUGAACGAUAUAAUUUCAAACAUACGGGUAUGGGUGUCGUCUCCUGACGAUGUGAAUUUACUUGCAAUGCAGGCAAAGACUGGCGUCGAGUCUGAUGUUACAUUGGAGCAAAUGCGUUCAUAUGCAAAGGAGCUUCGUGUUCCCGGUGGAGUUUUAAGAACAGGUCCGCUUCUAUAUGCACGCACAGUCCCAUGGCGUGCAAAUUCAGGUUCUUCAAGUAAUCGACGACAAGAACAUUGCAAGGAUGUCAAGACACUAUCAGCUUCUGAAAUGGUAGAGCAUUUGAAGGAAGUGCUAGGAACAUCUGGCCAGAUAAUUCAUUGCGAAAGAUUGAAAUGCCGACAUGCUGAAUUUGGUAUGCUCCAAGGUGAGCUCUCAAAUGCUACAAAAACUGCUUUGAAGAACAUUGGUGUUGCUAGACUUUAUACACACCAGGCAUUGGCAGUGGAUGCCGCUUUGAUGUCCAAAAGCAUUGUAGUUUCCACCUCUACCGCAAGCGGGAAGUCCUUGUGUUACAACGUUCCUGUUUUGGAGUCUAUGUUAAGCAGCACUGAAACAUGUGCUUUGUAUUUGUUUCCAACCAAGGCCUUAGCCCAAGAUCAAUUACGGGCUUUGCUAGCUUUCUCAAAUGAUAUAACGGCGGGAGUGUAUGACGGCGAUACGAGUCAGGCUGAAAGGCAAACUUUACGAGAGAAGGCCAGAAUCCUGAUAACUAAUCCGGACAUGCUUCAUUGCUCGAUUUUGCCGUUCCAUAAACAAUUUGCACGAUUUCUUUCAAACCUCCGGCACCUAGUGAUUGAUGAAGCUCAUGCGUAUCGAGGAGCUUUUGGUUGUCACGUUGCUCUCAUCCUACGUCGGUUACGGCGCAUAUGUGCUCAUUUAUACGGUACUGUGCCGACCUUUAUCGUCUGCAGCGCCACAGUAGCAAACCCAAGGGAGCACACAAUGGAGCUUACAGGCCUGAGAGAGGUCACGUCCAUUGCUGAGGAUGGAAGCCCAUGCGGUGAAAAGCUGUUUUUACUUUGGAAUCCUCCCGUCCGGGGGAUCAAGGAUCCUGGAGACGACAAGCCAGCCAAGCGGUUCAGCCCAAUUCUAGAGGUUGCGUAUCUCUUUGCCGAAAUGGUGCAACAUGGACUACGGUGCAUAACAUUUUGCAAGACUCGUAAACUUUGCGAGCUUGUUUUGGCAUACACUCAUGGUGUUUUAAAAGAAACUGCGCCUGAUUUAGUCCACACUAUUCAAGCGUAUCGCGCGGGCUACACUCCAGAGGAACGGCGACGCAUCGAAAAGGAUCUGUUUGGAGGAAAGCUCCGUGGUGUGGCCGCAACAAGCGCUUUGGAGCUUGGCAUUGACGUUGGAAGCCUGGAUGCCACGCUGCAUCUUGGCUUUCCUGGUACAGUGGCAAGCUUGUGGCAACAAGCAGGACGAGCUGGCCGAAGGGAGAAGACGUCCUUAUCAAUUUACGUGGCAUUUGAAGGGCCUUUAGACCAGCAUUUCUUUAAAGAACCUUUGAGACUAUUUUCGAGGCCCAUUGAAAACGCGCAGAUUGAUUCUCACAAUCCACAGGUCCUGGGACAGCAUCUGACGUGCGCAGCAUUUGAACAUCAUCUGCAUAGUGUCUACGAUGAAGAUUAUUUCAGUACCAGCUUGGAUGGAGCAAUAUCGGAACUUGUCCGAAAAGGAUGCGUUGCCCGUCAUCCGAGUUGCUCAAUCGUCAAUUCCUGGACUUACAUUGGAGAAGCUAAGCUACCCUCGGCUACCUUCAGCAUCAGAGCGAUCGAUCCAGACAAGUAUUCUAUUGUCGAUGAGGUUACUAGCAAGGUUAUUGAAGAAGUGGAAGCAAAUAGAGCGUUCUUUCAGAUUUACGAAGGUGCAGUAUAUAUAAAUCAGGGAAAAAAGUUUUUGGUAAACAGGUUAAACCUGACGGAAAGGUUGGCUUUCUGCCGUCCAACAGAUGUGAAGUACUAUACUAAAACUCGAGACUACACCGACGUGCACGUUGUCGGCAGUGAACUGACUUAUCCAAAAAGAGCCUCAGAUGUCAAAUACCGGCUCACGAGUGCACAAGUGAACAGGUGCCAAAUAACGACGUCCUGGAUUGGAUUUCGAAAGAUCUGGGAAGUUUCGAAUGAAACUUUCGAUUCAGUUGAUCUUCACCUUCCAAACGUUUCGUACGAUUCUCAGGCGGCUUGGAUUCGUGUUCCCAACGAAGUCAAGGAAGCUGUUGAGGCCAAAUGUCUUGAUUUGCGAGCUGGCCUUCACUCAGCCUGUCAUGCACUCUUAAACGUCCUUCCGCUAUAUAUCAUGUGCAACCCGUCAGACGUCGGUACAGACUGUGCUCACCCCCAAGAUAAACGUUAUUAUCCGGUAAGGUUGCUUGUCUUCGAUCGUUGUCCGGGUGGCAUCGGGAUUUCUGCUCAGGCGCAGCCACUUUUUGCGGAGUUACUCCAGGCGGCAUUGGAACAAGUGCUGUCUUGUGACUGUACUGGGAACACUGGUUGCCCAAACUGCGUUCAGUACUUUUCAUGUGACGAAUAUAAUGAAGUCCUAGAUAAGACGGCAGCCAUCCUUAUUCUUCAGGGGGUAAUAAAAGCCGAGGAUGCCCUGCGAGAGGAAGCCACCAACACAUCGUGUCCAUAGGUCCAAACUCGGUAGUCAAAUAUUUGGUGGGAGGCCUGGCACUCGAUGCAGGGAGCAAAGCCAGUUUAAGCGGUCUAUUCUGCGGGUUUAAGUGCACUUCUAGAACAUCCUCUGGAGCGUUACUAGCAAAGUAUCACAGGCUGCAUGCAAAGUGGCAAUUCCAGGCCGGCAUGAGUGAAGGCAGGCAGGCAGGCAGGCAGCCUCCGUUCUCGAGUCCUAAACAGGGGAAGAUGGGAAGAAAAGCCAACACACCAGAGAACAGCAGCAGCACAGAGGGGGUCUUUUUCACAUAAGGAAGUUACAAUCAGGAGUUAAGGAGGAGAACACAGAAUCAAAAUGUCCAGGGAAAGAGACAGUGGGAAAUGAAUGAUCCAACACGGCGUGGGGGGGUUCUGCAGUUGCAAAAACGAAUCGUCGUAAGGCCGAGUAACUUUGUAGUAAUGGGGGCUUGACUGGGAAAAGGAAGAAGAUUUUGCUGUCCAGCUCAAGACAAGCCAAGCAUUUUGUGGCAGGGAGAACGUGUGUGCCAAGACACAAGGAUGAGAAAUAGAGCCAUCACUGUGUCUUGUCCACGUCUCGGCAGCGAUGGCCAAUGUUGGUCGAAUUCUUUCGCCGAACGGGCUGGUAUGGACAAGCCAUUUUCUGAGCGAAAAGAGAAUCUCGAGUCCAUUUUUGCAAUGCUGCUCCGGAUCUCUCUUUAUAAGAUUGCAUGCAAGAUCUAAUCUCACGUAAAAGUUUUCAUC